GCUGUCAUCAUACGUUUAGUAACAAUGAGCAGCAGCGGUGGAUGGGCAAAGUUUAAAGUGUAUUAUCGCGAUUACUCAGUGUAAUUUCUCUAAUUAUGUCUUGAUGUACGUGAAAUUGAGGUCGUGAAGAUGAGCAAAUACAGUGCAGUGAAUUCGUCCACUUCGGAUCUGGAUUUGUCGUCCAGUGAGGAAGGUCAACAGCAGCAGCUGAAAAACUUUGCUAACCAUCUGCUGAAAGGUAAAUUGUUCGUGGGAACGUACUGCGAGAAACGGUACGUGGAGAAAUUGGGCACGUAUCGCGACAUAGUUCUGGUGAAUGCCAGCGAGAAGGACCUCAUACACAACUUGAAUGAGGUGAAGAAGUUAAUCGAACCGCAGUGCGGGUUGACCAAGUGGAUAGGAAUCACAGAGCAUCAGAAUUCGCUGAGGCUGUGGGUGAGCUUAAGCGAUCAAGUGCUUGGCUCUUAUUGGUACACAGUGAAAUCCGUCAAGUUCAAGCAGACCGAGAUCUACGUGCAGCUAACCCAAGUGAGACCAGUCGAGGAAUUGCACGAUGAAAUCGUUGAUGCAGAGAUCAAUCUGAACAUCACCACAAUGCAGGAAGUCUUUUUGCAGAGAGCGAGAGAAUCUCUGAUCAAGUUCUACCAUCUUCUGACCUUCGACAACAUCAAAUCAUCGACCAUAUUCAUAUCCAUACUGCUUGUGACAGUCGUCACGGGGAUCGUGAAUAUGAUCAAGUUCCUUAUAAUUUACACGUUGGCUUUCAUGCGGGAAAUUUCGAUUUUCGUGCACUCCGCGACGCCGUUCAUGCAGUCCGUUCUGGCGUUGAUCGAGAGAGUCAUCGGAUGGUUCUUCGUGUUCUUCGCGAUGAUCUGGAAGGACGUUAGGCAACCAAAGAAGCAGCAGUAUUACGAACCCAGCGACAGAAUGAUCGGUUACCAUCAACGACCCAGCAAUAUGCUGGAGUACAAACCAAAGAAACAGGAGAAGAUGACCAUCGAGGAAAUAGAUUAUUGAAGAGAAUGGGAAAAAGAUAUAUAUAUUUUUUUAGUAAAUAACAAAAUGUUUAGUAAUAAUGGCGAGCUGUGAUUGGAAGCAUUCAAAGCUUCAAUUAAAUAAUUGCAUUUCUGUUGUUAUUAUAUUUUUUUUAAUUGGGUGUUUGUGGCGUGGAUUG